CUUUUAACUACUUCACUUCGCUCCCAAAAAUCAAUCAAUUUAGGGUUUCAAAAUCCCCGCCAAAUUUCCUCCCUUUCCCUUUCUCAUUCUCAGUCACUCCCCUCACUCUGUAAUGUCAAUGGCGAUCGAGAACGAGAAAUCGGAAUCCCCUAUCACCAAAGCUUCGAAGCCUCUUCCUCCUCCUGCUGGUAACGAGAACUUACCGCAGAAGCAACCGUCGAGCCCCACCGCAAGGGAUCGCAUUGUUUCCGUUGCUUCAAACAUUGCAUCUCAGCCUCUUCACUUCUCUGAUCCUCAAGUUUGGGGCGUCCUCACCGCCAUCUCCCACAAUGCCCGUAAAAGGCUCCAGGGAAUUAAUAUUUUACUAACUGCUGAUGAGCACUGCAUUGGCCGAUUGGUGGAUGAUGUGCGAUUCCAGAUUGAUUCGAACAACAUUAGUGCAAAUCAUUGCAGAAUAUACAGGAUGUCGAUUACAAACGAAAAUAUGGUGGACACAACAUCAAUUUUCUUGAAAGAUACAAGCACAAAUGGAACUUAUCUUAACUGGGAGAAGUUAAAAAAGAAUGCUCCUGCUGUCAAAGUCUGCCAUGGUGAUAUUAUAUCGUUUGCUGCUCCUCCUCAGCACGAUCUUACAUAUUCUUUUGUAUAUCGAGAGGUGCUUUUGUCCACCCCCAUGCCAGAUAAUGCAGCUGCUAAGCGAAAAGCGGAGGGAUGUGCCUCUGAAAGCAAGAGAUUGAAAGGCUUAGGCAUUGGUGCCCCCGAGGGUCCUAUUUCUCUUGAUGAUUUUCGAAGCCUUCAAAGAUCAAACACAGAGCUGAGGAGGCAGUUGGAGAAUCAGGUGGUAUUAAUUGAUACUUUGCGUAAUGACAACCGUGUUGCUGCUGAUCGUCAUGAAAGUGAAUUACAAUCAGCCAAGGAGUCUGUUGCAAAAUGUUACCUUGAUCAAUUAAAAGAAUUACAACAAAGUGUAGAUCUAAAACACAAGGAACUAUGCGAUUUUAAUAGAGUAACUGCUGAACAGAAACAUGCCAUCGAAGACCUCAAUGAAAGGCUGAGUGCUUCUAUGCAGUCAUGUGCUGAAGCAAAUACUAUAAUAAGUAGUCAGAAAGUAAAUAUAGCUGAACUCAAGGAACAAUUAGAUGAUGAGCGGACUCAGCGAAAAGAAGAGCGCGAAAAGGCCACAACUGAUCUAAAGGCUGCUGUUUUUAGAGCCCAGUCUGAGGCUCAGGAGGAAUUAAGACGACACACUGAUGCUGCCUUAAGAAGAGAGAGAGAACUACAAGAAACAAUAAAUAAGCUUCAGGAGUCAGAGAGGGAAAGGUGUUUGCUAGUUGAAACCUUGAGGUCCAAACUGGAGGAUACUAGGCAAAAGAUGGUUGUGUCUGAUAAUAAGGUUCGCCAGUUAGAAACCAAAUUGCAUGAGGAGAAGCUGACCACUGCAAAUCAAACAAAGAAAAUAGAAGAAUUUGAAGAGGAAACAAGAAGAUUAAACCAAGAGCUUGAGAGUGAAAAGCAGGCAGCUCGAGAAGAAGCAUGGGCUAAAGUUUCUAUUCUUGAGCUCGAGAUAAAUGCCACAAUGCGGGAUCUAGAAUUUGAGAGGAGGAGGUUAAGAGGUGCCAGGGAAAGACUUAUGCUUCGGGAAACACAGCUACGGGCAUUUUAUUCCACUACUGAGGAAAUACAAGUACUCUUUGCUAAGCAACAGGAGCAAUUAAAGGCUAUGCAGAGAACUCUUGAAGACGAAGAGGAUUACGAGAAUACUUCUGUAGAUAUGGAUGGAGUGAUCGGUGGAACCCCUGGAAGAGAGAGAGAAGUUGCAGGAUACCAUAGCAAAAAUGCUGCAAAGGCAGGAUCAACUACAUCUACACAGAAGCCCAACAGAGAUCAAGUAGAAACCUCAAGCAAUGAAGCUAGUGUCACUGAGAAGCAUGACUGUGAGGUGAGAAGUCAAGAAUGCCAAAAUACACAAGAGUUCCCCAAUGCAGAUCAUGACCAUGAUGUAAGAGGUGGCUUUGGUUCUGAUAUUGAUGGUGCUGGCACAACCGCUAUGAUGGAUGGAGGCGCUGGCGGUACUGAGCGAGUUCUGGGAACUGAAAGUCCUUCAAAUUAUGGCGUAAAGCAUGUUGAUUUGGAUAAAUCUGGUGCUCUAGAUGGGGACACUAUGCAGUGUGAUGAUGAUGAUGUAAAUGUACAAGAAACUGAGGAGCAAGCCCAUGAUCGUGUUUCGCAUCCAUUGCAAUUACAUGAUCCUGCAGACACUGAAAAAGUUAUUGAGGAUACCGAAGUUGGAGGCACAAUCAGAACAGCAGACCUUUUAACUUCCGAAGUUGCUGGCAGCUGGGCUUGCAGUACAGCCCCUUCUGUGCAUGGAGACGAUGAAUCUCCAAGCAGAGACAAUAAUGAAGGUUGUGGUCCAUUGCAUGAUUCAAAUAUUGUGGUGGCUGAGAGUCAGAACACUCGUUCUGAAGAUGCUGCUGCUAGACGGAAUGAGCGGCAAGCACUCCGGGAUAUGAUUGGCAUUGUUGCUCCUGAUUUGAGGGAGAAGUUUGGAGGUUCUGCAUAUAAUUGUGGUGAAAAGCAAGAGAAAGAUGGUAGUUCAACUGACUCAGACACGCAGACUUGUAGCAACAGUGGCAAUGAAGGUAGAAUCAAUGCAGAGGGUGGAACUAUGUCUGAUGAAGAAACUCAGUGUUGUGACCAUGUUGAAGAGAAUGAAAAGCAGGAUGAUGCCAUGGAUGAAGGUGAUGAUGAAGCUACUCAAGAAGAUUGAAUCUCUUGUAUAAAAUAUAAGUCAGGAAACUGUACAUAUUUACAUGGAUCUCUGAAGACAUCUCAUCUCAUCUCACGUAUAUAAAGUGGUUGAUUACCCCUUGCGGUUAUGACUCCCUCUAAUUAUAUUUAAGG